CCUACACCCAUUAGGAAUAUUUUGCUCACCGAUAAACAGAAACACUGAAUGUGGACGGAGAUCGCGGGAUUUGACAAGAGUAUUUUUCUUGUUUUUUUUUUCAAAUCUGGCCGAGUUUCCCGAGCGAUAGCAUAAUUCAUCCACACAGCUGUCAUAAGUGGAGAGGUUUUGCAGUUAUGAAUCGUCGCUUGUAUUUCAAUUUCGUUGUAGCUUUAGUUGAAGUCGUAUCUCUCACAACUGGCGGUGAUUUCAACGUUCCUGUUGGUCAUUUGAAGCCGUUAGGAUCUCACAGGCCGCCAGAAAUAAACUUAGUGGACGAUUUACAAGAAGUGCCGUCUCCUCAAGAAUUCUGGACUAAAUAUGUUCGACCCUCGAAGGCUGUUGUGUUGCGCGGAGCCGCCAAACUUGGGAGAGCAUUUACUGAAUGGACUGAUAAGUAUCUGAAGGAAAAUUUUGCAGAUUUAGAGGUUCGGCUAGAAGGAAAGAAAGAAAAGAGUUCUAAAGUUCCGAUCGGAGCAAAGGGAGUCGGUAGGGAUACAAUUGGAAACUUCAUCAAUAACUACCAUAAAGAAAACAAUAAUCUCUACAUUGUCUCGGAACUCCCUACUCCCAUGUGGCGUGAUGUGACAGUCAUUCCCCCCCUGACUUGUGGCCUUUUGAAGGACAGACUUGUGGAAGUAGAUUUAUGGAUGAGUGGAGGAGGCACCAAAAGUAUACUCCACAAAGAUGCGUACAAUGCUAUCAACUGUUUAUACAAUGGUACCAAGGAAUGGAAACUGAUAGAGUACAAAUAUGAAGAUAAGAUAUACAAAGCAUGGGAGCCUCCACAAAAUGUUGGUGGAUUUUCACGCGUAAAUAUUCAGCAAGUUGAUCUGUUGAAGUAUCCUAAGGUUUCUGAAGUCCCCUGGUCCAUUGUUACCAUAAAUGCUGGUGACUGCCUCUUCUUACCGAAAAGUUACUAUCACCAGGUGAAUUCAUAUGGUACCAAUAAUGUGGCUGUAGCCUUGUUGUUCUCCCGGCUGGAUGGUGUUGAUGACAUUGAUUUCACUGGCUGUGAUGAGAAAUUAAGUUUCAAACCUCUGAGUGAGAUGGAGUUAGACUGGGAAUACCCUGGACAUGGCAAUCUGAGUAUGGGUAACACAGACUUGGAGUCAGUUAGGGAAGGUAUGCUGGACUUUUUUGGAAAGGAUGAAAAGCUUGAUAAAGAUGGAAUUUUAAGAAAAAUCCAAAACGUUACAGAGGAAGUUGAGGUACACAAGCUAUAUAGCUAUGUUGAAGGAGUCAGGCAACAGGCUUUAAUGAUGUUUGAUUGGCUUGGUGGUAACAAAAAAGGAUUUAUAACCAAACAAGAGGUUUUGAAGCUAACCCGUGAACAAAUGAGGCAAACUGUUCUUGCAUUUGAAGGAACGGACGUGAGUAACACAGAGGAGGCAGAGUAUGGAGUCAUUGAUGUAGCAAAUGUCAGGGAUGUGAUUAGGGAACUUUUGGCUCUUGAUGGUCUCGUGUCAAGGGACAAGUUUAUCCGAGCUUAUGUGGAGGCUACACAGGGAACCGAAGUUUUUGCAGAGCUUAUUUUUAAUAAACUGCGCAACGAGACAAACGUCUCAGACCAGGUUACUAAGCAGGAAGUACAAAAUAACCUGCGCCGUGCCAUCCAGCGGUUUCUUGAGUGGGGGGGAGAGCCGGAAAUCCCCCCGGGAAUGGAUAGUCCGGAGCCAAAUGACGCUUACAUGGAGGAUGAUGAAGAUGAUAGUGAUAACGAUGAUGAGAACGAGGAGACGGAAUGGAAAACAAAAAGUGAUGAUACACACCAAGAGUUGUAGAAUUUUUCUGAUUAUGAAAAAUGAGCGGCGAUCUCGAAAUUUUUGUUGAUGGAAAGUUUUCACUAACCUAAUUUCGAAAGCCAUUAAUUAGAAAAACCUCUAUAUACCAUAUUUAUUGAUGAAGUCCCGGAUAUUCUCAACUCGCUGUAUAUGAGAUGAAAGAGCAAGUCAGCCAAUCGGAGUGCAGGCUUAACAUUAAGAUACUAACGCAAUUGUAGUACACAACUUAAAUGAAUAAAAUUUGCUUUCAAAAU